AUGGUGGAAGUAGUUCAAACUUUUUCAUCACCUUCCAAAUUGUUCACUUCAAAGAUUUAUGGAAAAGAUAAAAAACAAGUUACUCUACCAAUAAUAGUCACAACUAUCGACGGUCCUUCAUCGUAUGGCCGAGUCAAAAAUUUACAGGAUACAACACGAUGGAUCGGCCGUUGUGCUGGAGAUACACUUCCGCAACUUGACAGCUGUCAUGCAGCAUAUACUAUUCAUCGGAAAACGAUCUAUCAUGAACUAUCGCAGUUCUAUCCAGCAGCCACGACAGAUACGAACUCGACGUUGAUAAAAAUCAAGCAACAAUACAAGCAAAAGAACGGCAAUAAAGACUCGUUAAAUGUAACCGUAGGAACAACAACAACAACUGUUGCACCGCUGCCGAACGUAUCGAGUGGUGAUACUCAAAAUACCCGUCUAUUCAAUACACCCUCAAAACAUGUUACAAUUAAAGCAGAACCUACUCGACAAACAAAUUUCUUGGUAAAUAAUACAAAGAAAGUUCUAUCAUCCUGGCAGAAGUACUGGACAUCAACAUAUACACAAAGACGACGAAAAGAAUCCAACGAAUCAGAAGUUACUUCACAUCGUUCGAAACUUGAUCGGGGACCGCUCUUAGCUGCCACAAAUUUUCCUUCUGAGCAACCUACUCCAUCAGAUAUUAAUGUUAUUGAAGAUUGUAUCCCGCAGACCAAAUCACCGUCAAUAUCGAAUUAUUCGACGUUCUCUCGAGUUCUCUCGCCACAAGUUUCCGAUAGUGAAUCCCUGAUCAUCAAGAAAGAAAACUCUCCUUUUUUACCGCCAAUCAUUUCAUCUGCAGUAAAUAAUCUACCGGCAGCGAGUCUUGCUAAAAUGGAUCUUUUCAAACUGUCAGAAGAAAAAACUUUCACACCUAUACAAAGUAAAUAUUCCACCGCCGAAAAUAAUAACCCGACAACCGUGAAGGCCAAAGUAUAUAAACUACCGUUGCCUUCAAAUAUAACCCAGAACAACAAAACUCUAAUCACGCGAAAACCAAAGAGUAAACAAAUAGAAGUGCUCACAGCCUCGUCAAUAGCAAAAACGAAAGAAUCAAUAUCUACAAAUAGAUCACAACGAACAACAGCUACUACUGCCAUUAAAACGAAACAUCCUUUAUCGACAGUAAUGACAACAACAUCUCGAUCAAAGUACGAACGAAUCAACUGGGAAGAACCCUACGUUGGCGUUCGGUUCGAUCCACCUACUCCACCAUGUUCACCAUCACUAUUCCUUUGGCCUGUAGAUAGUGAUCAUGGCGGACAUGAAAAAAAGGCACCUCGUAAACAAACACAAUGA